AUGCGGCGGUGGUGCGCGAACGCGAGGGAGGUGGUCGUCGCCGGCGGCGAGGGGGGCACGGUGGUGCUGGCGCACGGCUACGGCAUGGACCAGGCGUCCUGGGACAAGAUCCUGCCCUCCAUCACCAAAGCGAACAAGGUGCUCCUCUUCGACUGGGACUUCACCGCCGGCGCCGACGAGGACGGCGACGAGGCGAGGUACACGUUCGGCCGGUUCGCGGACGACCUGAUCGCGCUGAUGGACGAGAGGGAGGUCCGCGGCGCGGUGCUGGUGGGGCACUCCAUGUCCGCCAUGGUCGGCUGCAUCGCCGCCGCCCGGCGACCCGACCUCUUCGCCCACCUCCUCCUCCUCUGCGCCUCCCCAAGGUACAUCAACUCGGAGGAGGAAGGGUACGUGGGCGGCUUCGAGGAGGCGGCCAUCCACGGUAUGUUGGGGGCCAUGGAGUCCGACUUCCAAGCCUGGGUCAAGGGCUUCGUCCCCAACGCCGCCGGGGGCGCUGCCGACGACAUGGCGGCCGCAACCGUGGAGCCCCUGGAGCGGAGCUUCCUGGCCAUGGACCCGGCCGUGGCUCUCGGGGUGGCCAGGAUGAUCUUCCUCGGCGACCAGCGCCCGGCCCUCGACGCCGUGCCAGCACAGUGCACCAUCGUCGGGGUGCGUCAUGACUUCGCCGCACCCCCGGUCGUGGCAGAGUACAUGGAACGGAGGAUGACGAAGGCAGGCACAGACGUGGCCGUGGUGAUUGUCGAGUCCGUUGGGCACUUUCCCCAGCUCGUCGCGGCGACGCGGGUGGCAGGCAUACUCGACGGCAUGCUGCUGCGGCUGCGCCACCAGGGGCUCUCGAUCGGGCACGAUGGCACGGAGGAGGGAGAAACGACGGUGCCUGUCGCUACUGAGGUCCAGAUUGAUGGUGGCAUCGACGUCACGACGUAG